AUGUCGUCGAAGGUAUUGAUUGAGGCAGUUCACUGUACUAAAUGUGAGGCCGCUCAUCACCCAACCUGUGUUCCAGCAUCGGCAUUGACCCCAAACAAAGAAUUUCGUUGUCCAGGUUGCAUACCCCAAUCAUCUGUAGGCAAGGAGCCUAAGACGCGAUCGCCGACCAAUCUGAGGCAGCCUGAGGAACGUACUAUUGAAAACAGCACUGAACUCGUUCGAGAGAUUAGGUCACUCAGAGAGGACAUAGGGGCCAUGCGGGAAGAGAUUCGGAAGUACCGGGCUGAGCUCACAGAUAUUAAGACCACACUCAGCCAUGAUAAACGGCGACCUGGAGACUAUUAG